AUGGCUCGUACGAUGCAGACAACACGUCGUGCGAGUGAAGAGGAAGACUUCUCAGAAGAGAGCGAGUAUGACCAGCCACAUGGAGCGCCCCGCAAAGCGUCGCGUUUCCCCUCCAGAAUCUCCCAGCGCCACCGCCAGCUUGAUGAAGCUGAAGAAGCACGAAUGUUGCGUGCAAUUUACGGCACUACAGACGAAGCCGCUCCCACUUGCGAGCCCACCAGCGAUAAUGCGAAGGCCGCGACCGGCUCCGAGGCCGUGAGCGGCUCCAAGACCAUGAUCAGCUCCGAGGCCAUGACCAGCACGGGCGAGCUGCGCCUCUAUCUCAUGAAUAACUGCAGCCCGCAUUGCACCAAGGUUUGCCCCUGCUGCAAGCCACGAUGGUCCGACCUGCCCACACCCGAGGCUGAGGAAGCGCGCAUCGCGGCAAUGGAGAGCACCCACGGCAUCAUCAAUCGCAUCAGCCCGAAGGACGGCAACAAGACUGUCCAGAUCGAAGUCCAGAACAAGCACAUGAAGGACAUUUUGACCAGCGUAUUUGAUGGGUUCCCAGGAUUCCAUCCCUCCCUUCUGGGCCCCAACAGCGCUUGGAUCUUCGAGGAGCCCUUCAGCAUGUUUGUCGGCCGUUGGAGCCAGCUCCUGGAGUUCUGGGCGUGCGCCACGUCUGCAGAGAAGAAGGCUUGGGGCACGCUUGUUGCGACCUUGUCGCCCGUGGUCCAGCCAGCUCUCGAUGCUAUCAGGAGGAUCAAAGACACGCGCCUGGUGGCCUGGGACGACCUUUCGUUGAUCUUCCCACCCGGCAAGCUGAUGAUCAUUGAGCAGCCUGGCGCGGUCCAGUCCGUCGUGCGCGUCAAGGAGGGAAAAGAGACCUACGAUCCCAGAGGUCAAAAGCUCUACCGACUUAGAUACGAGUUCAUCGACUGGGACGGCGAGACGUACGGGUUGCGCACCGGCUCGCUGGACAUUCCAUUUUACAGCGAUUACAAGAAUGUCAGCAUGCCAAACCUGAGAACCAUGCCUCUUGAAUUCUGUCUUUUUGAGGAAGAUCUCGUUGCCAAGCUGAUCUUGCGCGGUCGGAAGUGGAGUUCCUUGAUGGGUGUUGAGUACAAGCACUUUGCAGGCAAGAACGUGCCACUGGCGACACGAACGCCUAUACAGGCGAGUGGAAGAAUCAUGAUCGAUGCCACCGCUUUCUAUGACACUAAUCACGGUGCUUCGUGGUGGCCGAAACCGAUCUUGACAUCGUUAGCCGCGGAAUGUGGUGCCGUUGGAGCACGAGAGAGCGCCAAGUCCGUCCAUCUGCCUGAUGAUCAAUGCCUGUUGGCAUCUGGAGUUGUUUGUGGGUUUGAUUUGAAGACCAAACAAUGGUGCCUCUUCCCUGUCGAUGGCAUCAGCGAGGUCACCUUCAACAACCUCGCAUACGACAAACUGGUACUGCCGCCUAGCGAGAAGAAGAUGGCCUGGGCAUUCGUCGAGAGCAAGAACAUGCUGAGUGUGUCCGACUCCGACUCCGACGACAGCACGUCAUUCGACGACUUCGUCACAAGCAAGGGAAAGGGUCUCGUCAUGCUCCUCUGUGGUCCUCCAGGUGUUGGGAAGACCUACACGGCGGAGGCGAUCGCCGAAAUGGCCGAGGUGCCUCUCUACAUGAUGAGCGCAGGCGAGCUGGGCUCAGUCCCGUGUCAGGUGGAGGGAGCACUUGACACGGCUCUAAAUCUCUGUCGACGUUGGAAGGCCAUGCUGCUUCUGGAUGAGGCCGAUGUGUUCCUCGGCAAGAGGUUCAGCGGCGGGAAUGAGAGCAUUGAACGCAACGAACUGGUUUCCAUCUUUCUCCGCCGCCUCGAGUAUUAUCAAGGCACCAUGUUCCUCACCACCAACAGAAUUCAGAACAUCGACGAUGCCUUUCAGUCCCGCAUUGACAUCAUCCUGCCCUAUGGCGACCUUACCGCCGAGGCGCGCCUCCAGGUCUGGGUCAACUUCAUCAAGAAGUCAGGAGGGCCAGAGAAAUUCGACCUGACCGAACUGGAAAUCGAGAAGCUCGCACAGAAUUAUCACCUGAACGGUCGCGAGAUCAAGAACCUGGUCAAGAGUUCAUUGCUCGUUGCUGGCAAGUUUGGCGACACGAGUACUUCCACCGCUUCAUUGUCCGAUUCAGAUGAGAUGGACUUCGAGACCGGUCAGGCAAAGGUAUCGAUGGAGGUCCUGGAGACGCUGGCCGAACUGCGCACCCGAGCCCACGAGCUCAUGGGGAAGACCAAAACUGGUGAGACCUAG